GGAGCGGCGCGCGCGGGCUCGGGCCGGCAGUCCGCCAUGAACUGUCUGACGGUGCCCGGUGUCCACCCCGGCUCCCCCAGCCGGCCCCGCGGGCAGAUACAGGUGAUCUUCGGACCCAUGUUCUCCGGAAAGAGCACGGAGCUCAUGCGGCGAGUGCGACGGUUCCAGCUCGCCCAGUACCGGUGCCUGCUGGUGAAGUAUGCCAAGGACACGCGCUACAGCUCUUCCGGGGUCUCCACACAUGACAAGAGUACCAUGGAGGCCCUGCCCGCCGGGCUCCUCCAGGACGUUUACCAGGAGGCGCUGGGUGCUGCCGUCAUCGGCAUCGAUGAGGGACAGUUCUUCCCAGACAUUGUGGAGUUCUGUGAGACAAUGGCCAAUGCUGGGAAAACCGUCAUUGUUGCUGCUCUGGAUGGGACUUUCCAGAGAAAGGCCUUUGGGAGCAUCCUGAACCUGGUGCCACUGGCAGAGAGCGUGGUGAAGCUGAACGCUGUGUGCAUGGAGUGCUUCCGGGAGGCCUCCUACACCAAGAGGCUGGGAGCAGAACGGGAGGUUGAAGUGAUUGGAGGAGCUGACAAGUACCACUCCGUGUGCCGAGCCUGCUACUUCCGAAAGCGACCCCAGCAGGCUGGGCCAGAGAACAAAGAGAACAUGCCCCUGGGCCUGAGGCAGCUGGAGACAGCUGCACCUCAAAAAAUCUUCACUUGACUGCUGGGAAAACGGAGGGGAAGGGAGCUCAGUGCUGUGGCUCCCAGGCACCGGCUCUGCCUCUCUCUACUUUAGCAAACUGUUCAGUGCCUCAGCCCUCCCUACCCAACCUCCGCUGCUCCCCACACCAAGCACCACAACUGAGGAUCUACCAGGCCUGAUGCUGGGGGAAGCUGAAGCAAAAGCCUGGCUAGAGUGAGUUCCCAUCUCAGAACAAGGAGAGGGACGAACACAGUUACUGAUGCUGCCACACGCAGGCCCUGGGGCACUGCACGUCAAGCCAGGCCACAGUGCUUCCGCCACUCGCUGUGGCUCUGGCCAGCUCUCCCUGUGGUCUAUGUGUGCUCAGGCUGGCACUGGUGCCUGUGAAUGCAGCCCUUCUGUCUCGUGCACUGUUGCUAAAUUCCAGGUUUCUCAAGACAAUGUACAGCCAUUAGUAUUUUAAAUGCAAUUUUUAGUUUCCUUUCCUAACAGCCUGAGGUAACUUGUCCAUUGUCACAGAGCUGUGGCACAGCUUUUAAACUGACAUGUGGCAGCCCAGCCCUGGGCAGGCCCUCGACCUCUCUGCCAGCACACUCGCUUGUGUUACUGCCUUGUCAAUUAUUGAAACACAAGAAGGUGAAGGAAGGCCAGUCAGCCUAGCAGCUGACUCUUCUGAGGUGUUGAACUUCAAAGGGCUGUGUUCUAGCAGGCUGUGACAGAGUCCUUUGGAGAAACUGGUCCCAGGGAGAGCCUCCUCCAAAUUCAGGGCAGUUUUUCUCAGGUUCAAGGCUGGUGCUGCAACUUUGGUGCUAUGUUACCUGUGAGGGGUUUGGAGGCUCAGAGUUUCAUCUAUCAAGAUUUGGACGAUUAUUCCAGGGAAGAUCCAGCUGCUUGGCAAAGGGGCUCUCCUCUGAGGAGCUGCUUCUCCACCCUAGUCAUGUCUCUUGCUCCUUCCUCAGCUUUCCAGAAUUCUCAAGGCUGACUCUUACUCUGCUCUAAGCUGACUGAAGGAUCCUCUUCCCUCUUUGUUUGACUCAGAUUCUGGAAUGUUGUUGCUUCCUUAUUCCCUGUAAAAGUGGUUUUUCCUGGAAGCCAGCAUCCACAGGCUCUGAGCAGUAGCUCUUUGCCCAGGCCAGACCUCUGCAUCCGAGUGCAGGGUUGCUGUUUGCCUGUCUCCUGGAAGGCUCCAAGAGCUGCCUGAACUCCCCCUGCUGCCCCCACAUUACAGGUGAGAAUAAUUGUACUCACAAGCGCUCGAUUGCCAGCCCUGGGCUUUUCCCCCAGGGCUGAGGAAAGUGGUGCUGCUGCUGCUGCUUUAGGUUAAUAAAUAACUUAAUGAA